GGAAGAGACAGAUAUUUAACCCAUCAAAGAAGCAAAGAGAGAGAAAAAAAAAAAAGAAAAAAAAAACGUAGUGAAGAAACGAGCCACGCCACGCUCAGAUCUCUCUAUAUGAUACACUAUCACAUGUCACUGAUCUUCCAUUGAUGGCUUCGUGAUCAGAGACAUAUCUCGUAAACAUUGUUUGGAGAAGCAAUUGGAUCAUAUGAGGUGUUCACUUGGUUGUAUUGGUACUCCAGCUGUCAAUUCAGAUGUGCAAUUUUUGCAAGCUUGCUUUAAUAAGGAAAUUUCCCUCAGAGUCACACAGGUGAACAAGGCGAGACCUAAUCCUUUGAUCCGAGUAAGCACUGUUUUGCAGUUUCGUAAGCUUCGCAGAGUUGGACACAGGCUAUCAUGGCUGAAGGAGAGGAGCGUAUUGAGCUUAAAUUCCGCAUAUUUGAUGGAACUGAUAUAGCACACAGUACUUAUUCUUCAUCUACGACAGUUGGUACCAUUAAGCAAAAGCUAGUUGCUGAGUGGCCUCAAGGUAAAACAGUUAUACCAAAGUCAGUAAGUGACUUAAAACUUAUACACGCCGGUAAAGUUUUGGAAAACAGCAAAACUCUUGCUGAUUCCAGAAUAACGUUUAGUGACAUCCCUGGUGCUGUUACCAUGCAUGUUGUAGUACAGCCUCCAGUAACAAAAAAGAAAACAGAGAAGAAUCAGGAGGACAAGCAAAAGAUGAAUUCAUGCUCAUGCACUAUCCUUUAGUUUAGGAAGCAUACCUUGUGGUUGCCCUUGAAGAUAAGGUUGCAUUUUUCCUAUUUUUAACUCUCGGGAUGAUGGGUAGGCCUGCGCUAUCCAAUACCUUGUGGUUACCUUUUCAAGACAUGUUUGGCUUUGUAAAAUCGUUGUUGCUUGCUUCUUUUAAUGUUCGAUUCAUUUCUAGUCAUUGUCUUCGGAGUGAAAUCAGAUAUUAGCAUUGUAAAAUUCUGACCUCAACAAGUACAAUAAGAGUGUUGCAAGGCACAAACCUUGGCUAUAAGUCCAAAACAGGCGGCCCCGACAUUGGAUGAAUGCAUAUUGUUUGAAAGUAUAUAA